CGCUUUCACCCACCCCUACCACCGCUAGGCUACCGCUCCGGGAGAGAGAGAUAGGAGAAAAAAUGAAAAUAUUUUUACCUUUUUUUAUACUUAAUAUUUUACCUUUAGUCAUGUCACCUCUCACCUCACAGUGUCCCUGUCCUCCCUUUACACUUAAAAGCCCUAACAGUGCCGCGCCAGCUGUUGCUGUUCCUCCCCUCUGUUCCAUCUCUCCCGGUUGCUCCGCAGAUCUCCCCUUUUUAGGCCAAACAAUCUAUCCACCACCACCCCCCGGCCCUCCUAAAAAUAGUAGCCCACACCUUCUCUCCCCACUCCUGAUGAAGCUCCUCGGAUCAAUGGGCCGCCUAUGAGACGACGAGCAACGGCAGUCAGCAACAACCGAAGACCACCACUGCCACUCCAGGUAGCUAGCUUGAGAAGGUCAGCUUCAGCUCCAGCUAGAGACCUGCUGGAGUCUCCUCCAACCGCUCCGACGGGCCCUCCACCGAGAUCAGCCGGCAUCGCCACGAAAGAUUGAUGGACCUGUCGCCGAACCCCGAGAGCCCGGGCGGCGGCGGCGGUGAUGGCGGCGGCGGAGCCGGUGGAUCGAGCAGCGGCGGGGGGGCGUCCUCGUCGGCGGGCGGCGGCGGCGCGCCGCAGACGCCGAGCCGGUACGAGGCGCAGAAGCGGCGGGACUGGAACACGUUCGGGCAGUACCUGCGGAACCACCGGCCUCCGCUGAGCCUGGCGCAGUGCAGCGGCGCCCACGUCCUCGAGUUCCUGCGGUACCUGGACCAGUUCGGCAAGACCAAGGUGCACACGGCGGCGUGCCCCUUCUUCGGGCACCCGAACCCGCCGGCGCCGUGCCCCUGCCCGCUGCGCCAAGCGUGGGGCAGCCUGGACGCGCUGGUGGGCCGCCUCCGAGCCGCCUUCGAGGAGAACGGCGGCCGGCCGGAGUCCAACCCCUUCGCGGCGCGCGCCGUCCGCCUCUACCUCCGCGAGGUCCGCGAGCACCAGGCCCGCGCGCGCGGCGUCAGCUACGAGAAGAAGAAGCGCAAGAAGCCGCAGCCGCCGGCCGAUCACGCCGGCGGCAGCGGACACCCGCCGCCUCCGGCGCCGCCGCCCGCCGGCGCGGCGUGCUGAGGAACGACAUGCACCCGCCACCAGCGCCCAUUUGGUAUGCCGGACUGAGCAUAUUUUAUGUAGGUUUCGAUCGAUUUCCGUGUGCAUGCAUGCAUGGUUUGCUGCCAUUAUUUUGCUUGCGAUGCUUCAGCUUCUUCUUCCUCGAUCAGACUCUGCCGAUCAUGUGCCGGGCUACAUUGUUAUUUCACUCCUGCUCUCUCUAGUCUCUGCUGCUAGCUUCAAUUUCUAGCUACCACUACCGCUUAAUUUUCGUGUCAAGCAGCUAGUUCAGUUCAAUCUGUUGCUACGCUGGAAGGAAAUCAUCAAUGGAUCAUCAAUGAGACUUGAGUUACCUUACUUUUCA